AUUUUAGAGCUCGCUCCUCUUCAUUGCAUCGCAAACAUGACUUUAGACGUAGAAAUGAGAAAGUAUCACCAAGAAAGUCACCAAAAUAUCUUCAAAUUCGGAACCAUAACCCCAAUAUCGGGUGGUUGCCUUGUCUCUCGACGUUCAAAGGUAGCCGGAUUCAAGUUAGAAGGUUCCCUGAACGCAACUCCAACAUAGCAAUGGCGACAUGGUUCUAUGAGCACAAAGUGUCCGUCACUCCCGUGUGACUGUUGGAGUAAACUGCAGUUUCCUAUUGGAACAACCACCGCAGUCCACCUUCUUUCUAGCCAUGUUUUAUCGACACGUCUUCCGGACACUUUUGUUCCCGAGCAGGAAGAUGCACCUCGGCGGUUUGCAACGUUUUUACCGAGCGCAGAGGCCACUUUGUACCGGAAGCGAUGAGGUCCGCCUGGCGGAGGAGGCCAGCAGGAAGUAUGGCUCCCAGGCUCCAAGCAUCUUCUCCAAGAUCAUAGACAGAAGCAUCCCUGCAGACAUCAUCUAUGAGGACGACAAGUGCUUGGCCUUUCGGGAUAUCAGUCCGCAGGCCCCGGUUCAUUUCCUGGUAAUUCCGCGGAAGCUCAUUCCCAGGAUAAGCCAAGCCCACGAUGAUGAUGCUGAGCUCUUGGGACAUUUACUGGUGGUGGCCAAGAACGUGGCCGAGCAGGAAUCGCUAACAGAAGGCUACCGGUCAUCAACGACGGCAAACACGGCGCUCAGUCCGUCUAUCACCUCCACGUCCACGUGUUGGGGGGGAGACAGAUGACAUGGCCGCCAGGAUGAAUGAAAGGCUUGUUAUAUUUGUUAUUGACAAGAAGUAAGUCUGCUGUCUAGCUAUGUUAGCUAGCGUGUGUAAAAUAUGAGCGCUUAUCUUUGUUUUGGCUGCAAAUAAAGACGAAGACGUUCAUAA